AUGCUGGCCGCCGGUGCGACGACCGCGUCGUACGUGAGCGUGCUCGGGUCGCUCAAUGCGUCGCAGGUCGCGCUGGGCGGGGCCUUUACGGUGACACUGAACGCGAGCCUCCCGACCGUGCGCCCGAGCUCCGUCCACCUCCUCUUGAUGAUGCACAUUUGCCCCCCCAAUGCAUUCGGGAGCCUUGCGAACGCGUGCGCCAUCAACACGUUUGCGUCCUCGUGCGAGACGUACCCGCUGAUACCCGACGCAACCACGGCGACCUACUACACUGGCACGCUCACGCUCUCCGAGGUGCUCGCACCCAGCUUCAAUCCCGCGACCGGACUCGUCUUUAUCCUCGACGCCUGCGGUGUUCUCGGCCUCGUCCCACCGGUCGCCCCCGUCGUCGUCGUCUCGGCCUUUGACCUCGCCGUGUGCGACAGCCAUAGCCUCUGCUUUGGCGACGCGACCGUGCCACUGCUAUCCCUCUACAUUGCGCUCGUGCUGCUCUGGGCCGCCUGCGCCACAGCCUGGGUCGCCAACAUCCUUUACUGCCGUGAGACCUUCACGCUGCUCCAGCGACGCAUGCUUGUGGUGCCCGUGGCCGAGCUGCUCUUUAUGAUCAUGGCCACCGUGAGCUUGAACCAGACGCCGUCGCCGCUGCUCUUCAACGCUACGGCGACGUGCCGCGUCAUCUCGCUCGCGGUCGCAGCCCACGAGACGCUUCUCAUCGCGCACGGCUGGCGCAUCACGCGCGACGACGUGUCUGUGCAGCAGUCGAUGCACUACCGCAUCGUGUCGUUCGUCUGGGCCGCGACGCUGACGGCGAUGCAGACGUCAGCGUCCAUCUCGCUGCUCGUCUUCUUGACGUGGGUGGUAUCAUGGGCCCUUCUUGCCUACAUGAUCUGGUUUCACUCGGCGUUCAACAUUGCGAUCCUCCGCGUCCAGAUGGACCUCGUCGCGCGCGCCUUCAUCGAGCCCGAGACGACGCCCGUGUACACCAAGCUGCGCAUGUUUCUCGCGUUUCGCCGGUACAUACUUGUCUACUUUAUGGCCGUGGUCGCCGUCAACCUGGUUGUGAACCGCCUCUUUGCCGCACCGCUUCUUGCACUCGUUCCCGUCGUCCAAGAGCUUUUGUACCUCAUCUUCGUCGUUGGCGUUGGCUACACCUUUCGCUGCCGCCACUUUAACGCGCUCUUCUACGUCACGUUUCCCGAAGACCGACCGGCCAUCGCCCCCGCGCCCCUGGCCGCGCCCGACCAGCCACAAGCGCCGCAGCCGUGGCACGAAGGCAUGGGAAUUCCCACGGUUCCGUCGCACCUCCUGCACAAGAAGAGCCGCGCGGUCGUCGUUGUGCAGAGCCCUGGCGAUCACACCGGCCUCGGCACAUCGUCCAAGCCAGCGGGGGAGUCGCAGCACUAA